AUGCCAUCACUCUGGGGUUCAAAGAACAUAAACGACGAUGAAGUGGAUGAGGGGUUACCGGAAGAGAGGAGGUCGACUGAGCACGAAACGCGCGUGCCGAACGAACACACCCGCCUGCUGCCGAACCGACUUGACAGCGACAACCGCCAAUUUCUUACACCAGAUGAUCCUGCGGUGUCGCCGUACAACCUAUGGACGGUGCGGGUGAUGCGAUGGGUCACAGUGUUCUUCGCGGCAAUUACCUUUGUAUGGUGGAUCCUCAACCUGGUGUCCAUCUUCGUCACCCCGCCUGGACUACACACGCGUGGCUCGGGCUUCUUCGCAUUCAGCUACUCAAGCCUGUCACUCUUCACGCUCUUGUUUACCCUAGUAUUCUUUGGGGCACCCUCAGCCGCUGUGCGGGUGCUGUCCAUUUUCAUGGCUGUCAUGUUACUUGUCGACGCUAUUCUUAUCCUUGCCGUCCAGAAGAACAGAUACGAGGAAGGCGCCGUGGGAGUUGCCAGUGUCAUAUGGGCCUUUCUCAUGAGCCUUUGGACGUUGCUUGCUGAUCGAACGGUGAAAUGGGGCAAGGCCGAGGAAGAGGAACGGCUCACCGGCCGAAUCGAGACGAGACGAACGGUAUUGGAAUGGACAGAGGUGCUCAUCUCCACGAUUGCAUACGUGAUACUGUCGCUGGUUAUCAUCCUGAUCACCUGUACCCUGGUUCUCAGAUCCCUAGAUGCCGGAUUUGGCCCACCGGGUGAACAAUACUGGGUAGAUGGUGACCAGUACCGGAUUCAUGUCUAUUGUGAGGGCAACGGCACUGACACUGCUGGCAACAAAUUGCCAACUGUCCUUUUCGAGGGUGGUGACUUGCCAGUAGAGAACGGGUUGUGGCAGCUUGCACAGGGGGCUCUUAAGAACGGAUCGAUCUCAAGAUAUUGUUUCGCUGAUCGACCUGGUUACGGUUGGAGCGAUACUGCGCCGAGCCCACUCUCUGCUGGCAUGGCGACAGAUGCCCUGAGUGAGGCUCUUGCACGGGCUGGCGAGCAGGGGCCCUGGAUUGUGGCGAGUGCUGGUAUUGGUUCAGUAUACUCCCGUAUAUUUUCUUCUCGACAUGGCAAGGAAGUAAGCGGUAUUCUCAUGAUUGACCCCCUCCAUGAGGACUUACUUCACCGAGUAUCGGCUCCCGGUAGAGGAUUCCUUUUCUGGUUGCGUGGCAUCAUCUCGCCUCUCGGACUCGAACAGCUGCCAGGCGCCCUAUUCCGAGGACGCACUAGCGCUGAUCGCGUUUGGGGUCGCUCAGCCAGACAAAGCGGCAAGUACCUAUUUACGAAGCUGCAGGAGAGUCUGGUAGCCGACUCGCUCACAAAGCGAGAAGUUAUCAGCGGCAAGGCAAUCCAGUAUCCCGACACGCCUUUAGUACUCAUAACCUCCGGAGACAAAAUUCGAAAAGACAGUGUCUGGGAAGACAAGCAGCGGGACCUCAGCCAUCUGACAAGAAACUUGAAGCAUUGGGAUAUUGUCGACAAGGCACCUCACAACGUAUGGGAGACAUAUCAGGGACGACAGAAGAUCGAAAAGAGGCUUCGACAACUGGUCCAUGCGUAA